ACUCUUUAAGUAGUAUAUAAGUGUUCUACCAGAAAGCAAAAGUUAUCCACUUCAAUAAUGGCUUUCCUUUGGCUUGUAUCCUGCCUGGCUUUAGCCACCACAGUUUAUGGCUGUGGCCAACCUGAAAUCGCUCCAGUGGUGACUGGCUAUGCCAGGAUUGUGAAUGGUGAGGAAGCAGUUCCAGGUUCUUGGCCUUGGCAAGUCUCCCUGCAGGAUUCCACUGGAUGGCACUUUUGUGGUGGGUCCCUUAUUAGCAAUGAGUGGGUUGUAACUGCUGCUCACUGUGGUGUUGGGGCCAGAGAUAAAGUGGUUCUUGGAGAGCAUGACCGUGGUUCAAACGUGGAAAAAAUCCAGUCUCUUGCUGUUGCUAAGGUCUUCACACACCCACAGUGGAAUUCCAACACAAUCAACAAUGAUAUUUCCCUAAUUAAGUUGGCUACUCCAGCUGUCUUCAGCCCAUCUGUGUCUCCAGUUUGUCUGGCUAAUAUUGGAGAGGAUUAUGUUGGAGGACGCAUCUGUGUUACCAGUGGCUGGGGAAAGACCAGAUACAACUCAUUUACCACACCAAACCAACUGCAGCAAACUGCUCUGCCUCUGCUGACAAACGAUCAGUGCAAGAGCUACUGGGGAACUAAUAUCCUUGGCACAAUGAUCUGCGCUGGUGCUGCUGGCUCCUCCUCCUGCAUGGGUGAUUCUGGUGGACCACUUGUAUGCCAGGACAGCGGUGCAUGGUCACUUGUUGGCAUUGUGUCCUGGGGAAGCAGCAGUUGCUCAACAAGCACUCCAGCUGUGUAUGCCCGUGUCACAGUUCUCCGUUCUUGGGUUGACGAGAUUGUUGCCUCCAACUAAAACAGUCCUAUAAGAAGUACAGAAAUUACAUUGUCAAAUGUAAUUUAAUUAAAUAUUCAGUCCUGGAAUAAAAUGUCAGUGAAAAAAAUUCUUGUUUCGA